AGGAACAAAAUAGUCGCCGAAAUGUAAGAAAGAAAAAGACAACGCGGGUCAUCAGAGAAGGAGAAAAAGCGGGCCAGAGGGAGACGGCGCGAAUAUUCCGGGCAGGAAAUUAAUACGUUAGAAAAGAAUAAAAACAAGCCUUGAAGAGAGAGACCCCGACACCUUUAAAAAGAGAAGUAGUAAUCUGGAAGAUAGACGGCACUAGGCAGACGGCGAAGGAGAGACGAAGAACAGAGAUAAUAGGGAUGCACGGCGCUCUAGUAGGCAGGGGAAGGGAAAAUGCAAGUGCAUGCAAGUGCCGAGUGGCGUCGCACUUGUUGCGUCACGUUGUGACGUUACUACAGUAGUGAUACAGACCACCAUUCAUACAGCAACACAUUACUGCAAAAUUUGAAACGUACGGGGACCGCGCCAACAUUAAAACAAACCAUGUAACGCAAACCCGAGCAAAAUUUAUCGGAAUUAUGGCGAAAAAACUAAAGCUGCUAUCACUCUGGAGCUGAACGAGGCCCCUUCGACCCCCCAGACGAUUUUCUCGAAAAGCGCGCUCGGAUUUUUUUUUCGCAUUAAUGUUCCGUCGAGUGUGCCGUGCGUAAAAACAAUAUCGCAAAAAACAACAGUGACUGAAACAGAAACUUAGCAUUGUGUCGUUGGAACCUGCAAGUGCGAAAGGCAUUAAAUAUCACAUAAAAGUUCAGUGUAAUGAUUAUUGCGAAGCAAUGGGUAAUAGGAAAUUAAAUCUUGUAGUCAGUGUAGCAAACUUGCCGCUCAAAAAAAAUGGCGGAGUGUUCUUACGCGAGAUGUGUUCAACAACGCAGGAAUAUUAGAAGAGAACUCCAACGAUGGACAAAAAAUAUGGUUCAUAUUGUCGGGUUGGAACGCAUCGCUGAGGAGUUGAUGGGUCGAAGGAAAUGGAAAAUCUACCAAGAAUCCAUGUCCAGAAGUUAUUUGCAACCAUUGAACAACAAUAUAAAACGUACAAACAACUCAUUGUCCGACGAGGACUGUUUUCAACGAUCGCAGAAGGAGAACAGCCAGCCAAUAGGCAGCCCAAAAAGUAUUCGGAAACAGCCGCCGGUGAAGGACAUCGAGAACGGAGAGGACGCGAAAGAAGGUGUCGAGGAGGCGGCAGCGUCGCCAGAAGCCUUUGGCGGCGACGCCAACGACGACCAGAACGGCGCCGAAGAGGCGCACCUCGACUGGACGCCGCAGAACAAGUGCGUCUUCUGCGCAGACGGAGACGACAAGCUGGAUAGUGAACACGCAGUCCACCACGGGGAGCUGAGUCCCCGGCCAUCCGACUCGGACUCAUCAGACAGCGGACGUAGUGGAGACGAAGCAGACGGUCGGUCGCACUCGUCGCCCACUCCUCCACCACCCAGAAUACCCGCCCAAUUGCCCGGAUUGCCGCCCAACAUGACGUCAGUUGACGUGGCAUUAGCAGUGGCGGCCCUUACGGGAGGAAAUUCUGCGGGUGUCCCACCCGGCGCUCCGCCAAUGCCCUUUUAUGCCCCUAGUAUGCUCACGCAUAACUGGUAUCUUGCCAAUGUUGCGCGACAGUUUCAGUCAGCUACAGCCACCCCCGUGGCUGUCGAAGCCGAUAAAAACAAUGGCGGAGCCGAACAGCCGCUGGAUUUAAGUAAAGGUUCGAGCAAUGCCUCCAAUAGUUCGCCUGAACCGAAAACGAACAUCGGAAACAAUGUUAGACUGCCGACUUUGGAAGCGAAACAGAUAUUCAGUUCUGAUUUUAGAGCCAAGCCUCGAAUGUCUGCGGUAGCAGGCAGGAGAACUUACACCGAAGAUGAGUUGCAGGCGGCUCUAAGAGAUAUCCAGUCUGGAAAAUUAGGCACGCGACGAGCAGCCGUGAUCUACGGAAUUCCCCGUUCCACUUUAAGGAACAAAGUGUACAAAAUGGCCUUGGAACGGGAGCGCGAGUCCCAUCUGAACAGUUCGACGCCUCUCAAGCUGGACGAAGAUGAAGCGUUGGACGACGACAGAGAACUAUCCGGCACCGAGGAGGAGAAGGAGGUCGAAAAAGCGUUGCAGGCGCCGCUACUUUCGAUGACCGAUAUUCUGCGGUUCUCCGGCAUGGAGCAUCCACCCGAAGCAAUCAAGCAUUUCCUUCAAAAGGCGAAAGAAGGCCAAGAGGCUCGAUCGUCACCUUUGGAGCAAAGUGAGGUCAUUCAGUACCUCCAGGUACGAAAUGCUCUGAUUGCGUCGCAUAAUCUCCUGGCGAACCAGAAGCCGCCAGACGGCUCAGUAUUAAACCACAUCAUUCCCGAAUUAGCCAAACGGCUAAUAGUGGAAGAACAUCUCAAAAUGCAGAACAACAAUGGUGAUAGUGAGAGACUUUCUAGACCUAGUCCUUCGAACUCAGUGAUCACGAAAGUGGAAAAGCCAUCCGAAGCAGACCAGGAACCCGUAGAAUCCCCAUCGAAUGUGAUACUUAAAAUUCCGUCCUACCGACCGACGACGUCCGCGACCAGUAAAAAUGGUUGCGACAACCUUUUCAGCAGAAGCAAUUCCUUGGACUCGUCCAGUCGCCUGGUCUCCCCACCUGUAACCAGCGAGUCGAAUUCGCCGCCCAUUCUGCCAGGCAAAGGACUACUGAUCAAAGACGUCAUCACACAGAGCAUCACCCAGAAGUUUCAGCAGAGUCUGGAAGCGCCAGUCAGACGGCCGAUGCCAAUGGAUCUGGAAUACAAAAGGGGCGGCUUCACGCCGCCCUUGAGCGGCUUGCCCUCAGUGAUCAAGAGCCAACAGGAAGGCAGUCGGCAGUUCCAGCAGCAACAUCACCAACAACAUCCACAAUCCAAGCCUCAGAAUCCAGGCGGACAACCGACUGGCGGCAAAGGCACCAGGCCAAAGCGAGGCAAGUACAGGAACUACGACAGAGACAGCUUGGUGGAAGCAGUGAGGGCUGUGCAAAGAGGGGAAAUGUCCGUGCAUAGAGCCGGAAGCUACUACGGCGUUCCGCACUCCACUCUCGAAUACAAAGUGAAAGAGCGGCACUUAAUGCGGCCGCGGAAGCGGGACCCGAAACCCAAUCCAGUGGAUGAGAAGAUAGCUAGUCUGAAACAAAACGACCUCAAGAUUGCUCAGGAAAAGCUGAAGCAACAGCAACAGCAGCAGCAACAACAGCAGCAGAACGUGAUUAAGCCCCCGCAACAAAAGUUUCCGGGUUCGUCAUCCAACGGCAUUAAGUUGCCGCUGUUUGAAGCUGCAGCUGCCGGACUUAGUCCAGCUGCAGCGGCUGGGCUGGCGCCUGGCAACUAUCAUUCACCGUUCCCCUUUUGGCCACAUCCAGGCUUCCCUCCCAAUCCCAUGGCGGCGCCAUUUCUCUCACCCAGCGAGUUUUUUGCCUCCCAAAUGAUGCAGAAGCUGCAGGAGGAGAGGGAACGGAGUUUAGGAACUCCAUCGCCCCAGGGUGGGGUGACAACUCUAGUGAAAAGUGCCAGACAAAUGGCUGAAUCCUUGCUGGAUGGGUCUGGACCCAAUGGAUCGUUUUUGGACGGAAUAAUCCGGUCCAGUUUGGAAUCAGGGGUUCCCAUAUCCGAUGAGAAGCUGCCAAGGGAGGAAAAGAACACGGCCCCUGAAAACAUGUCGAAUAAAGCGCUGCUAGAUCAGCUGUGCCGCAAUAGCCGACUAACGCCGCUACCCAAACCGACUUUAACAGACGCGAGCAGUUCAGGGGAUGAAUCGUACAGAAAGAGCUCUAGUCCGUUAAAUUUCUCAUCUACCGGAGCGAACCACUCAGUCCAUCUGCAAGAAGACUCGAAGCACCGAACGUCGCCUCAUUCGCAUCGAGAAAGCGCGGAUACGAUGGCCCAUCCGGUAGAACUAUCAAACGACUCGACGGAAUCGUCAACAACACCGGACAGGAAAAGAAGUCGCGAUGAAGAAUCCGUUGAACCGGAGCGGAAACAUCCAAGAAUCUACUUAAAGCAGGACUUGGUUAACCCGGAAAAUCUCAAACCUGAGAUGCUGGUGCGUUUUCGCGAUCUCCUGCUUGAAAGAAAUGGAGCAGGAGCAACGGCAGAGAGUACAGCAGGAAGCAGUGCCUCAGAUAACGACGCACCCCAAGACUGACACCUACCUUUUGUAAAAAGCAGAUUUUUUUACUAAAAAUCGCAGAGAUCGAUGGCAGCCGGCACAAAAAGGCGCCAUCGACGUGGUUGUAAGUUUAUUAGAACAAAUGAGCCCGAUAUGACGUGUUUGUUGAUAUUUAUUGUUUCGUUUUUUACCUCUGUUUUCGUGUAGGUUAGCUAACUGGUAAACAUCAAAGCAGACUUGUUAAUAUUUAUAUUAGGUGUUUUUUGACUCUAAAGUAUAUACUCAUAAAAUUCUAUAAUAGCGAGUGGAAUGGUCGACUUGCCUACUCGCGAAGUCUCAGAAAAUAUCUUGAAUUUUCCACCUGAAUGCCCGCUAUACGAGAGUAGCGAAUUACGGCUUUUAAAAAGACCCUGCUGAACAAUUUCAGUUUCUUAUCAGUGAAACUGCGAGAUCUUUUCUGGUAAUUAAGACGAAAUUACAGCCAUUCGGCCUUUCCCCUUGCCUUAAGUGUCUACUCAUUCGGUGUAUUUGGCAUAAUGUAAAAAUUCUUACAUGUAUUAUCUGUGUAUCUUGACGUGUCGCCUAUACCUCAAAAAAUUGUAUAAAAAAUCACUCUUUCAUAUUCGCAUAACAUACUGAGCUGCUUUGAUGAUUAAAUGGAAAUAUGAUAUUAAGUAGAAAACCAUUAAUGGGACGCGUCCCGCCGAUUGAUUGAAUGAUGAAAAAUUAUAUCUAUCUGUGAUUUAAUCAAAAUUUUUGAUGUAUAUUUUCUCUAAAAAUAUCUUAAAUCUUAUAUAAAAUUUAAACAACUAGCAGGUAGUUAAUUGAUAUGGAAAUUAUAAAAAUUAAUGUUUAAUUAGCAACGUGUUUCGUUAGAUUGUGUUCAAAACAAUCUACUUUUUGCAAAAUACAAACUGAAUACUCUUAAGAUUCAUUGAAUGAAUAAAACGUUAAGUAACUGAGGAAAAUUCGAACUACACACCAUUAAUUUGACUUUGGCUUCUGUGCAAUAUUGCUCUAAAGAAAUUGUAGAUUUAUUUUACCACAAACAUUUUUUAACAUUUGAUUACAAAUUAGAAAAAACUGAAAGUAUCAGUCACAGUGUUUAGUCUUCGCGAUACAGGGUGUGAAAGUUUUAUGUUAUUUCCAUUUUGGCACGCUUCAUUAGGAAAAUCAUUUUUAUAGAAAUUCGUUUGAAGCCGCUUUCGAAACAAUAAACGGGCCACAGUUGUUACUCAGCACUGUAUAAAUAUUUAGUUACUUAAUUAAUUGUUUAAAAAUUCCUGAGGAUGAUAAUUUAGGUGCAUCAAAGCCUUGUUAGGUUUAUAAAAACGUUGGCUUCGUUUACGGCUAUUAAAUUUUAUUUGAAACGUAAAUAUAAACUUCAACAUGCUAAAUCUUCAAAGCGAAACAACAACAUUUAAAAUUGGCUGCUUUCUUAGAACAAAUCUUGUGAAACACGUUGCUGAACAGGAAAACUAAUAAAAUAAGAUAACACCAUCUGCAUUAUCAGUUUUCCGCGUGAUAUUUUGAUUUUAUUGUUUUCGGUUUUAAUUUCAUAUAACAAUGAAGUGCAAUUAGAUGGUAUAUACAUAAUACAUAUAUAUUUACAUCAAUAUUAAUUAGUAUAUAAGAUAUAUUAAAAGUAUAUUAUAUAUUUGAAAAUGGAAGCUAUUUUGUUCGAGAGAUAAAAGAUUGACUCCAGGUAGAGUUUAAAAGUGCUUCUUUCCCCUUUUUCAACAACCGUCAGAUGAUUACAACCAACCAUAAACCGAACCGAUACCGACAGUUAUUUAGAUUGUUAGGAUGGUUUUGCAAUAAAUAUACAUAACCGCUUUUGAACUCUGGAUUGAAUCAACACAAGCAAGCAUUCAUACUUGCCAAGUAAAUGAAACAGUUUAUAAACUUGAAUUGCUUGUUCCGACUUGAUUUUGAUGAAAAUUGCAAUAGACGAAUUGUUCCAGUUGCUCGAAAUUUCAUUAGAAAAACAAUGUAAUGUAUAUUUGUUGCGCAACUAGUCUGAUGUCACUCAAACCACAACAGUAAACUUACACAUAUUUAAGUUGGACCAAAUACUUGCUGUAUGUUGUAUAUAAAAAUGAUAUGCUUUUCAUACAUAUCUUUUGCGGAUUCGAGUUGGUUUUCAGUCACCCUAUGUGUUGUAUUUAACGUAAAAAUGCCAUUACGUGAGAAAAUAUGUGUUCGCUAGUCCAAACUCGCUUUUGGUAAAUACCUUUAACUGUACAUAUGCGAUACGAGGCAUUUCGCAGAAAAUACCGGCUUUUCUAUAUGAAAAAUCAAAAAUCGGUCACAAGGAAACCGAACCGAAUCCACAAACAUAAACAUUCCAACCAUAUAUGUGCCAGAUUUUUUAUUCACAAGAUUAGCAUUGAGAUAUUUAUAACAAAAUAUAAAUAAGAUGAUACACACAUAUUAAAAAAAAUAUGUGAUCGCGGGCUGUUUCGAAGGCGCCUCGUUGGUCACCGAUACAUUUGAUUCGCGAUAAAACUAAAUAAAUGUGUUGCAGUUUUGAAGCCAUUUCGACUUCGCCGUUUGUAGUUGUAAGAUUUUAUAACAAAAAAAUCACUGUUUUAAAUGUUUGUGCGUUUCACUUUCCGCUUGCGAUGAGUGGGCCCGAAUAUCAAGGUUUUUCCAAACACAGAAAUGAAAAAAGCUCGCAUCAGCAAAGGUUUCGACUCCAAAAUGUUCUUAUUCGGGCCUACAAGAAACCGUUUCAGCUUGUAGUAUACAAUGUACUAAAUUGCGAAAUGUAAACUGUUAAAACAGGUGUGUCACUAAUUUGUGCAAUUUUAAUAUCUAGUGUUAUGAACUGUUUUCGUUUUAUUUUUUUUAUUAUGUUUGUGAUAAUUUGUUAUAAAGACACCACUGUUUGACGUUUUUUGAUUAUUGUUUCCUUAUGAUAGUCGAAGGGCUAAGUGACAUGAUCGUUUACUUGCAAAUAAACAUUAAAUUAAAUGUACUAGUGAGCGAUGAUCGAUUUAUAUUCAUUUAGUUGUUCGACUAAAACGCGGUCCAAACCAAUGGAACUCCAACAGUGUAAACAGAACCUUAAGAAGUAUACGCGUAUAAAAUAUUUUUAACUGAUCUACUUGAUAAAAGUGUUCAGAAAUUGAUAUAUUUCCAGGAAAAUAUGUUUAUAGCAAUCGAUGUGUUCUAUUAGGAGUAUAAUUUACGAAAGUUUUUAUUUUUAAAAACUAUUAAUGUUAUUGAGCCUUUUUACAAAAGGGAUUUGAGAUUUCGUCAGUAUAGGUCAUUUUACUAAUACUGAUUAUAUUCUGUCAUUAGCGUAGUUUUAAUCGAAAAUCCGGAAAUGAUUUCAAACUAUCUAAGGACGAUUACAUUUGAUCAUUAAACAGCUAGCUUAUAGGAUGUUUUUUAUAUUGUUUUAGAUACAGUUUUAUUAAAAUGAACUAUGCAAAUAAUAUAAAUAUUAAGUUUUCUAUCCUUAGGUUGAUCUAUGCACCCUAAAGUGUCAGUAUUUUCAUUUAAAAACGUAAUGGACCAAGGUCUUUUUGCUAGAUGUUUAAGUUUAUCAUUCCACAAUAGUUUUCUCACGAAUAAGACUUUUUAUAGUUUUCCUACAUAUUUUUUUACAUACACAUAAUUUUAAUGAUUUUAUAUAACAAUGUAUUUGUUAAAUAAUUUUAGUUGUCUAGCUUAGGUGACUUAAUACUUAAGUUUCGCUUUAAUGUCGUGUAAAUAGUAAUUUUAGCACACUUUAAAUAAUUAAAUAUUUGUGUGCCUGCUAAAUAACAGAGAAACUCGUUAAAAUUUCCAAAUAGUUUUUUUCGAUUUUAACCGGUUUCGGAGAUUUAAAGCCACAUGGACGACGUGACUCCAAUGCCGUUCGUAUAUGUGUUCUUAAACAACUCAAAGAAAAGGUGAAAUCCGAAAAAAACACUACACCAACCAUAUGUAACAAUAGUAUCCACAAACAAUUCCCACAUUUAACCACUUUGAUGAAGAGAACGGUAUUUUUAGCAAAAUAACGCAAACUUUCGGUUUUGCAAAACGAUUUCUUGUAGAUUCUUUAUGCUUCGUCACUUAUUACGUAGUGGAGUUGAUGUGUUUGUUACUAACAAGGCGAUUUUAAUUAAUUUCUUAAUUUAUUAAAGCGGGUGGUCAAAGUUUAUUACUCUUUGUAAAAUGUAUUUUAUAAACAUAUGCUCAAUGUAUGGGGAUUAUCGAGCUCAUGAUUGGUGCAUUUGUGGCUAAAUCCAAUGGCGUUAAUGAAUUAAACAAGUCCACUUACCAUUAGCUGCUCAGCUCUGUUUCAAAAUCAGCUCUGUUUCAAAAUUAAUUGAAAACUUGAAAUCUACCGGACUUUCAAGGGUUAAUUUCAAGGGUUAAGUGAAGGCGAAUUAUCCGCUUGACAGCCAACGUCAGAUAAUUGMCAACUAGGAAAAUUGCGGUUUUUUUGCAAAAACCGCCCGAUUUGUGAAGAAAACGGCAUUAAAAUGUGCCGGAACUUUCUAUUUUCCCGAAAAUCAACAAAUUUUUGAGGUAGAAUGAAAAAUUCUGGAAAUUUUUCGAAAUCUUAACUAGCGCUGAAUGCCAUAGGAAUUGACGUUUCUUUGAAAAUUGAUAAUCCGGGCAAAUUAGAGUUUUGCCUCAUUUGAUCUCAGCAACAUUCAGAAAAAACUAAAACCAAACCAUGUUUCAACCAAUCCCAAUAAUCCAGCAUACUUAUGGAGCCUGGGCCACCCUGUAUAUAAUUAACAUUUAUUUUAUUACAUUUUUUUGGGAAUCGCUGCAAUUCAAGCAACUUUCGCUUUAAAUGGCAUUUGUUUUUUUGAGUUUAGAGUAGGUUUUUUGUUUGGAUUUCUCAAGGUUUUAUUUUUCCAUUAUUUAACUCUUAAUUGUUUAAAUUAUCAGCCACUUUUGUACAAAGCAAUUGUUACACAUCGUUUCACUUGCCAGAACAGAUAUUUUUUAGAAGGUUCUUAUACAGAGUGUAUACUUAAGUAGUCGGUAGUAUCUAUGAAGUCAUACUUAUGACACUUAAAGUACAAGGUUAGAUUUAAUAUCCACUAGAGUUUUUUUGUACAGGAAACACUAAUAUGGUGGCGGCACUUAACUAAUGAUAGCGUUUAGAGAUACUUUUAGUACGUAAUAGUAAUGUAGCUCUUACAUUUAGGGGUUUUCUCUAUCUCUUCAUCAUUGUGGUAGCAUUAUACAGGUUCAAACUGAAAUAGACCGGUUAACGUUCAAUGAAUGGCAUAUUUCGAAAGGAAUAUUUACUUUUCCCUUCGGACUUUAGUCGCUUGAUUGCAUUCCAGUAGUGUACAAUUUUUACAGCGUUUUUGAAAAAAAUCAAACCCAACAUUUUCACUAAGUGUCUUUUCGAAUUUGUACAUGUUCUCAUUUUAUAAUUUUGUACCUGUUCGUUGGUGAGUCAGAUCAAAAGAUAUUAUCUAGAUGUGUUAGUAAUUUUUAUUAGGGAAAGUAGAAAUCAAUCUAAAAUAUUUAAAAAAUGUGAUUGGUAGAAAAAAUUGCCAAAGACUGAAAAAUUGUAGAGAUUCGCAAUGUAUAGUAGAAGGAAUUUUUAUACUCGAUUUUUGUAUAUUCGGUUUACUUAGCUUCAUUAAAUGCCUCUCCCUGUUUUAAAAUAUGCCAUACAGAUUAUCCAAACCAAACACACAAAACCACCUUCUACCGUUAGAUUACAGAUAUAACUGGGACCAAAAUAUAUGUACUCUUUCAUAUCCAAAAUACCCAAAAAAACAAUAUCAAAAAAGGUAUUUUCCAAAUAUUUAAGAAAUUUUGCAACGUUUACGUUUAUAUAAUAAUAUAUAUUCAAUAACUAAAUGUACAGAUUUGAAUUAUUAUGUAUUAAAUUUUUGACAAUAUGUUUAACAACCAAAAUUACGCCAAAAUCACUUUUUCGGAUGAUUUUCGGGUAAUGUAACAUUUCACAUUAAAAUUGUGACUAUAAAUGCCUUGUAGCGUGAAUAUUAUUAUAUAUUAUGUACACGAAAGUCAAAAACCGUUUUCACCGUAUAGACGUUCUGAUAUCAAAAGUCUUCUUUCGUUUCAACCAUCCCUUUAGCAGUGGUUUUCUAAAGUGUAGUCUAUGCGAUGCAAAUCUUUUUGAUGUAAACAUAAAACGUUGUAUUUUCACGAUGUUAAGGAAAAAAACAAGGCACAAGAUACAACAGUGUGUUUUUAUCAUUCGAUGUUCUCCUUCAUAAUAUCCGCCAUCUGCGUCAUGUUUUUCUCCUCUGAAAAAAAUGCAACCGUUCUUGUUCGUAAAUAUCUGUGACUCGUAAAUGAUAUAAUGUUUUAUUAUAAAAAAAAGUUAGUGUUUGAACAAUUAUUGCUUUGUGGGAAAUUGUUAUUUUCAGAAAAUAUUUUAAAAACCACAAAAAUAAAUUAUACCGAUACACAUUGUAUAUUUAUAAUGUAAUUCUGAAGUAUACCAGUAUUUAUUAUACUGUGGACUACAUUACAAUGUU